AUGCUGCGGAUGCUCUGGACGGUCAUUGCUCCCGAACUUAUAAUGAUUGCGGCUUUUAAUGACCUGAUGAAGGCGCCUCACAGCUAUCUCGCAAAUAUGGGAGGCUUCGUCAUCCGAUACAAGCCGACAGAAGAACGAAAUCACCAUAACCCAUACCACCUUAAUGGCGAAUGCAUCUACCUACUUCGACAAAAAGGAUAUAUUACAAAACUGCCCAACAUAACGGAAGAAGAAAUAAAAGACAAGUCUAAAGGUGAUAUAUUUGUCAAAUUGAUUGCACUUGGCCAGAUUGUUUGGUCCACAAUUCAGAUCAUCGUACGGGCAGUUAGAAGGCUUCCUGUUUCGCCUCUCGAGGUAGCCGUUGUGGCAUUUGCCAUCUCUGCAGUCUUCAUAUAUUGUCUCUACUGGAACAAACCGCAGCGCGUUGGCGUUGCUCAAACAAUUCGGCUAAAAGACGUUUUAAUACCGAAGAGGGGAGCCAAAAUGGGACGAUUCAUGUUGAAUGAAGGAGCUGUAAUGGAAGAAGAAGAUAUAUCAGAAGAAGCCAUAUCAAGUGAAGCAGCCAUGGAAGUGGUCACAUCAGAAACGGGCAUACCGGAUGAAGGACCCCUACUAGAAGAAGAAGCGAUGCCGGCUGAAGUGUACAAGUUACUCAAAGACAAUGGAACUGACCGAGCUUUCAAGGAUGCAUCUCCGAUGUUCCUCGAGGCUUUGGGGAUUGACGUCGAACUAGAUACUCUACCUGUGUUUGGUGGAAUCCAUGUUGCGGCAUGGAACUUUGCUUUCCCAUCAGCAGUUGAGUUGACCUUGUGGAGAUGCACAAGCGUUUAUACGGCCGCAGCUCCGAUUUGCACGAUACUGCUCAUUAGCAUCUACAACGAGCUGAAUCUUAACGAUAUUUUCGGAGAGAGCUUGUCUACUAUCCUUUUCGUUGUCACUACCCUGUUUUAUGUUCUUGCUCGGCUUUUUAUUGUUGUUGAGAUGUUUCGGACGCUUUGUUUUCUACCCCCUGGGUCAUAUGUUUCUACUUGGACAUCUGGCAUCCCGCAUGUUGACGGCGGCGCAUCUCCGUCUGCGUCGUCACAGUGCGUCUCCAAAAUGGCUCUGCCGCCAAUCUGA